AUGGUGUUUCGAGUAGCACUGAAUACUGUUGUUAAGCGAGCGGCCCUGACAGCCGCAUCCCAGGCGGCUCGCCGCUCUGCUGGCAAUGUCCUCUCCCGUGGAAUGGCCAGCCAAACACUCGAGCUCUCGACCUACCUUGAGAGUAAGAUUGGCGCCCUUGCCGGUGCCGAAGAUACUUCUGUCAAAUACGCCGAAACUGGAUCUGUCAUCUCCGUGGGAGAUGGUAUCGCUCGUGUUUACGGUUUGUCCAACGUCCAAGCAGGAGAGAUGGUUGUCUUUGCCUGUGGAUUGCGUGGUAUGGCUCUGAACUUGGAAGAAGACAAUGUCGGUGUGGUCAUUUUCGGUGAUGAUCGUGACAUUUUGGAAGGUGACACUGUUAAGCGUACUGGAGCUAUUGUCGAUGUCCCCGUCGGUAAGGAACUUCUUGGACGUGUUGUGGACGGUAUUGGGCAGCCAAUUGAUGGAGGUGCCUCCCUCGACCAGUGCAAGCGCUCUCGUGCUGAGGUCAAGGCCCCCGGUAUCAUCCCCAGGGAGUCCGUCUCCGAACCCAUGCUUACUGGAUUGAAGGCCGUUGAUGCCCUUAUCCCCAUUGGACGUGGACAACGAGAAUUGAUUAUUGGAGAUCGUCAAACCGGAAAGACCGCCAUUGCCAUUGACACCAUCAUCAACCAAAAGACCAAGAAGGAGCCUCUUGCUUGCAUCUACGUUGGAGUUGGACAAAAGCGAUCCACCAUCGCCCAACUUGUAGGACAGUUGGAUGAGCGUGAAGCCAUGGACAACUGCAUCAUUGUCGCUGCCACCGCUUCCGACUCCGCUCCUCUUCAGUUCCUUGCACCAUACACUGGAUGUGCCAUGGGAGAAUAUUUCCGUGACAACGGAAAGCAUGCUGUCAUUUUCUACGAUGAUUUGUCCAAGCAGGCUGUUGCCUACCGUCAAAUGUCGCUGUUGCUUCGUCGUCCUCCUGGUCGUGAAGCCUACCCUGGUGAUGUCUUCUACCUCCACUCUCGUCUUUUGGAGCGUGCCGCCAAGAUGCACCGCAGCAACGGAGGUGGAUCUUUGACCGCUCUUCCCGUCAUUGAAACCCAAGCCGGUGAUGUGUCUGCCUACAUUCCCACAAAUGUCAUUUCGAUUACAGAUGGACAGAUCUUUUUGGAAUCCGAACUUUUCUACCAAGGUCAGCGCCCAGCCAUUUCGGUCGGUUUGUCUGUGUCCCGUGUCGGAUCCGCUGCCCAAUACAAGGCCACCAAGUCUGUUGCCGGUACAAUGAAGCUCGAACUUGCCCAAUACCGUGAGGUCGCUGCAUUUGCCAAGUUCGGUUCUGAUUUGGAUCCUGCCACUCAGCAACAAUUGAACCGUGGAGUCCGUCUGUACGAACUCCUCAAACAGGGACAGUACGAACCCUACGAACCCGAAGAGGUUGUCGCUGCUCUCUUCAUUGGUGUCAAGGGAUACUGCGAUACCAUCGAUGUGGAGCACAUCCAAGACUUUGAGGCUGCUUUCUUGACCCAUGUCAAGGGUGCCCACGCCAAGGUCCUUCAGGAAAUCGUUGAUGGUGGAUACGUUCUCAGCGAAUCCGCUGAAAAGCAGUUGCACGAAAUUGCUGAGACUUUCAGCUCGGGAUACUCGCCUUAG